AUGGCCUCGUCGGGCAUCGUUCGGGGCUCACAACUAGCCCACUUGUACAGUUGUCAGUUCCCCGAGGGCCCCGUCGUGGCUGGCCAGAUAGGCGUAGGUGCCCAGGUCGAUGGCCUCCCCAGUAUUCCGACACAGGUGUGCAAGACGGCAGUGGUUCAAUCACCCAGUAUUGUCUGGCUUGGCAAGACCUUGCUCAUCUGGGUGACAGCACACUGCUCGUCGUUGUUGUGA